AUGAUAAACGAAGAAGAGGAAUCGUAUAACUUCAUCAAUACUCUGUUUGACAGUUUGUUAAGCGACAUUAACAAUGCAGUGAAUACUACGGAUUCAAAGGACUCAAAAGUCUCCGACGAAAAGGUUUACAUGUUAUGUAAAGUGAUUGCCCAUGAGUAUCGCGAUGAAGUUAGUAAAAUUGCCAUGGAGGGCCAGGAUCUUACUCAUCUGAAAGAUCUCCCACAAUUAUUUUGCAACUAUUUCAGUCGUUACCCUUCUAGUUUUUCAUCAGGAACUCUGAGCGAUGAAGAGCAACUAAUUGUUGAAAUAUCUGGUUCGGGUGAUUUUGAUUUCCGUGAAAUAAGCUGCUCUUUAGGAAACAUAGUGCUCGUCCCCGUCAAAAUACAGUUACCUCAUGCUUUCGCGAAGAGAGCUCCUUUACAGUUGUGUUUGCUGGAACUAAUGCACCACGGGUGUUUUGAUCUCAGUUGGCUUACUGGACCACUGUUACAUAAAACUUGGUUAAUUUUGAUUAGGAUGAUGCUCAUCUGUGAUUUCAAUGUUAAGAAUAAAGUUCUCUUGGUAAUUCAAAGGUUGAUUAGUCUAGACUUAUGCAACAGCGCAUAUGCGGAUUUGUUAUUGUUUGCGUUCUUGUUUACUGAAAAACAAAUUUCGAGAGCAGAAGAUAAAGGUCUAUUGCACUUUCUGCAAGAGUCACUGACAACUUGCGAAGAGGCAUUUGGUCGCAAUCUUAGAAAAUUUCAUACUUUGAAAAUGUUCAGAGGAUUAACGGUUCGUCGUUGCUUAGAAUGGAUGGUUGAAAUAGUGCACUAUUUUGAGCAACAGAGCAGUCUUGUGAGUAAGGAAGAUGCGAGUAUUUUGAAAAAAAUUGGAGCGAAUAUUUUCGGGAUUGUGCGCUGCAUAUUUCUGCACGACAUUCCAGUACCUGAUGAUGAGCUAGGCGAUAUAUUUUCUUUUAUGAUUGCCAUGGAUUGUCAAAUGAAGAAAAGCGAACUCCAGUCAAGGAUAGUAGAACUCGCGAACACCGCUAAGGAAAGCAGUCAGACUUUGAAGUCAGUACGCGUAAGACAUACAAUCAUCUCGGCAUUGAAAAAUAUUUUUAACGGAACACAACUGCUGCCAUACGUAAUACCGCAAACUUCGCAAUUAAUGAAGAUUUUACGUACAGUGCCAAAUAUGACUUCUGAAGGUGAAGAAGUGAUGCUUUCGAUCAUAACUUUAAUUUCGACGUCUGUAGAUUGUUAUGAAGAGGAACAAGCCACAUGGCUUGCUUUUCUUUCGCUUCCGUGGCUUGUGGUUGAGCCUGUGGAUAUAUCACGCCACAAAAGUUCUAUCCCAUUACUUCCUGAAAUGAGGAAAUUAGCAAGAACAGAGGGGUUCGCUCGCGCGUGUGGUUUGGAAGUUAAAAGGACAGCUGUAGCGGCGUUGUCAAAGAUGAGGGUUGCGUCAGAGUGGCGGCGUAUAUUAUUUACACAUGCCUUGGACUCGUCUAUUAUUACUUUGCAGAGUUCUGCUUUAGAAAAUUUUCCUUACUUCGCUGCUUCUAUCGCUAUUCAAAGACCUGUUUUAGAUAGUUAUGCCUACAAGUACCUUUUGGAUAAGAUUCUUUCUAUUGGUAAGGAAGUUAUGGCCUUUAAGGAAGAUGUGGGUCUUUGUGCAACAGUUUUCAAGGCCGUAGCGAAUUCAGUUUGUGUUUUGGACACUAAAAAAAUUUUAAAAAGUGGAGAAGUUUGUUCAGUAUGUGCGCAAAAGGCUUAUCUCCAACAGACUUUAGAUUUGGACUUCGAAAGUUUUUUUACCCUACUGGUGAAAGGUUUUCUACACAAAGAGAAGGAGGUGCGCUUAGCAUGUUGUACUGCCCUUCAAACAUUGUUAAAACAUGUGCGGUUUCAAGACUUGAAUUCGGUUGAGGAAUAUAUCGCUAAAUCAUUGGUUUUAAUGAAGGAUUUGGAUGAAGAUGUUCGCACUGAAUAUGAAUGGUGUCUAACACAAAUUGUACAUAUGAAGUGGGGCUCUCUAUUCACUCGAAUAGGUGAAAAACUUUCUGAACUUGAGGAUACUGAAUUUCAAGAUAUACAAUUGCAGUCUACUGUAAUUUGUGCUGAGUACGCUGUCGAUGAGUAUUUGUCGUCAAUGUGCUUUCUUCGCUUGAUUUUACUGGCAAUAUCUUCCGAUAUUUCUGAAAAAGUAGUUCCGGUCUGUGAAAAUUUAAUUCAGCGAAAAAUUUCUUCGUGUACUCCGUCUAUUACUCCGAGGCAGCUUUUUUUAAGAUUUCACCAGCAGAUUUGUAAGUAUUUGGCUAAGCAGCUGACUUGUCGUACACUAACUGGCAAUGGUAAUGAUGAGCGGGUUCUUGCGAAAUUGAGUGAAAAAGUUUGUAAUGCGUUCAGGUCAAUGGCACAGCUGUUCGGUUACGUGGGACAGAGUGGUGCUGUAAAUGUAAAAAGUUUGUUACGAGAUGCCUGCUGUGAGUUUGUUUCGUCACUGCUUACUACGAGUGGCGCUAUAACGGUAUAUUUGACUGUGAUUCUGCAGAAAAUAAUGGAACUCCGUGAUAUUACCGCCGAAACACUUGUGACAGAGUCGUACUCAUCGCUGCUUGUUCAUCUUCUUGAUAAAAAUUUACCAGUUCUUAAAUCAGCAUUUCGUUUUAUUGAGGAAUUCACUAAUGGGACUUGCACCUGGCGUGGUUUGAUGUCAAGAAACGUUUAUAAAUGCACUGUUUGCCUCCUUCAACAUCUAAGCGUUUCCGAAGAGCGUUGUAUGCAACAGUUGAAAGCAAUAUAUGGUGUGGUACGAGAAGGUGAUUUAAAUUUCUCCUUAACAGCUUUAAUUGAAGAGAGAUAUCUGGGGAUUUUGUUAUGCUUUCGUACUUCUUUCACGGAAGAUCGCUUUUUCUCAAAAAGAAGUGUUUUGGUCACAAGCUUAUGUAGAAUGAUCAGAGUAAUUAAGGAAGAUGGGACAAAUUUGCUGGAUACUACUGCUCAGAAAAUGUUAGCAGUCCUGAGAGAAGCCUCAAAACUCGGUGAAAUGUCUAUCCCAGCGUUUGAAGCAUUUGUGCAAACACUUUCUGAUGAAGUGCUUGUUGAACUGCUUCCGAGAAUUCUUGUAUCAAUUACUCCUCUGUUAAGUUAUCAGGGGACUCAUGACCUUCUCCGUUUUAUUUUUGAGAACAAAGGGCUUCAUCUAUCUGCCAACGAAAAUUUUGAGAGAAUUUCGAUAGUAAUGUGGGAUAAUCCGAAAAUUUCUAUUAACGAGUUCCUUCACGCACAGCAUGAGUACACGAGGCCUGCAAGAGUUCGUAUUUUCUCAGAAGAUUCAAUUCUUGUCCUUAACGCGUGUGCUUUGCUGUUGAAGGAGGAGAGUGAAGAAGUGUGCGAAUUGGUGUUGCAUAAAAUACUUCAAGUGCUCAGCACGUCAACAGGUUUUGAAAGUGGUAGCAUUGGAAAUGUGGAUGACCUUGGUGCAGUCCUGGUUCCGGCUUUGUUUCAUACCAUACAGAAGUGUACCUCAAUAGAGUGUCGUCGUCUAGCCUGUUUGAUCUUUGGUUGCUUGGGCGCUAUUGAUCCUGGCCGCAUUGGACUUGCUGUAACUGAAACGUCUCACGUUGACCGGCGUUCAAAAACGUUGGUUUUCGUUAAUGCUGGCGAUCCGUUUUUCGUUGAGCUCUUAGAAAACGCAGCAGUAGCUUUUGCUGGUAUAUUGGACGCGUCGACACAGGAAGAAUGUUCUUACAGCAUUCAAAUGACAUUGCGUGAAUUAUUUGGCGAGGAAGGAGAUAAAGCGCAGACCAUAUGGAAUUCCCUGUCCAAAAGUUGUGUUAAAGAACUAGCACUUUUUCGGAAGACGAAUUUUACUCAGCAUGGUCGGCCACUGCAGCUUACUUUUGAUAAGACUAUAAUUGAUUCGAAGGAAGCAAAGGACUAUAUUUCGUGGAUGUCUUUAUGGUGUUUGUAUGCGGCGAGAAAGACGAGGAACCAUCAUUUAAAGGCACUGUUUGAAGCCCUCUAUGGUUUGGUUAAAGCGGAUAUGGUUUUUGCUCGCUUUUUGCUUCCUCAUAUUAUACUUGAAGCUUUGAUUGAGGACAAUUCCGAUCUCGUUGGGAAGUGCGAAGAUGAAAUGAAAGCAGUCAUGAGGAAGGCAUUGAACAGUGAUGGCUGGUUAAGACUUUCUGCUCAUGUUAUAUUUUCAAUUCUGGAUUAUCUCGAAAGGUUUGUCAUAUUUCGAAGGCAGAAGCAAAUUCCGUCUGACCAGGUUCUCACACGAUGUGAAGGGCUUCUGCGUCGGAUACUAAGCGACAGGCUUCCCGAUAACACAUUACUGACUGUUUUAGUUGCUGAAAGGUGUCACUGUACAACAAGAGCUUUAAAAUGGUGUGAACAGUAUGGGAUACGGCGCGACGAACAGGGGAUUGAAAUAUUUGAUAAAGCUCAAUAUUUUGCUUUGGAGCGUGUUUAUUCAGCAUUAGAUGAUCUUGACGGGGUUAUAGGGGCGUUUGCUACUAUCAAACGCUAUUCUGUCGCUACAAUUGAUGAAUGCAUCCUGGCAUUUGAAGCAAAUGGCGAUUAUUUAGCUUCGCUGCCACUCUAUCAGCUCUCGGAGGGUCAAAAACUUCCGUUGGUGAAAUGUUUUCUUCGGUUGAAUCAGCCCUAUUUAGCUCUCAGUACCACAGAGGCUCUUUUGCAGUCUUCUGAUGAUCCUUCGUUAUCAGAUGGGUUGCAUGCUUGUCAAAUUGAAGCAACUUGGCGCUUGAAAAGAUGGGGUGAUUUAGAUAAGCUCGUUGAGCGGUACCCUCAAAUGUCAAAUUGGGGUGCAACCAGCGCUUCUAUUCUUUGCAGUUUGAAACACUGUGACGCUGAUUCCUUUGAAAGACAGAUCACACUUGCUAGGUCUCGUCUUGUCGAUGCGCUCACAGCCAUGACUCUUGAAGGCUCGGACACCUACAUGCAGUCCUAUAAGUACAUAAUAAGGCUUCAUAUACUGUCUGAAUUAGAGGACGCGAAAGAAAAUUUGGGUUUAUUUCAUGAGCAAUCUAUAAGUCCGGAUCACCUGACACUGGUAUUAAAAAGAUGGCAGGACCGAAGUGCCUUAGCAAUGCAGUGUACACCAGUUCUGGAACCGGUUUACACUGUUCGGCGUGGAAUUCUGAGGUUGCGCGAAAAUGAUACAAUGAAGUUACCUAUUUGUGAUUAUUUGCUUCAAAGUUGUCGGAUGUCAAGACUUGCGGGACAACUACAGGUUGCUUGGACAUUCUUAGUGGAGGCAAAAGCUCUGAACGUAAACCACUUUGAUGUUGCUAUGGAAGAAGCUCGAUUUCUUUUUGAAAAGGGCGAUCAGUCAGAAGCAAUUGAUAUUCUUUCAAAUCUAUUGAAAGAGCGUUUUUCAGACAAAAUGACUCAAAUGCAGUCAUUAAUCGGUAGUAAAAAGUUAUCUUUAACAGCACAGAUGAAAGAAGCUUUAAGGAGUGAACCAAGGGAAGAAAAAGCAAAUUUUGUCAAGGUUCAGUUACUCUUGGCAGAUUUUUGCUUAAAAGCAGGCUCUUGCAAUUUAUCUGACCUGUACAGCAAAUAUGUUUCUCUUCCAUGGAUAGCGGAUCCUUCAGAGGACUUAUAUUACCGUGUUGCUACUUUUCUUGAUAACUACCUUUACUCAAAAAACGAAGACUUCUUGUCAGAUAAGGUAACACAAAUACUCGAUGCAUAUAUCAGCGUCCUUUCGCAAGGAAAAACGCAUUUAUUCCAUGUUUUGCCUAGGAUGCUAACGAUAUGCUAUUAUGGCCGUAAUAGAGCUUUCCUUCAGACUUUGGAAAUUAUGCCUACUAAAAAAGAAAAGCGUGGUGGAGUGAAUAUUGAUACGUCAAAUGAAGAUAAAGCUAUCAGUGAAAUAAUUUUGGCAGAAUUAUUGGUUAAAUAUCCACAUCAAUGCUUGUGGCAAUCAAUUGCCGUUUUUCGAUCAGAUCCCGUAAAGCAGCGCAGUCGGUAUGAAAGAUGUCGUAAGGUUUAUGACCUAGCUAAGCGAAAGGACUCUUCUGGUGCUUUAAAAACAUUGAUUGGUUACUAUGAAUAUACAGCUGCUUCGUUCAUUAGGGUUGCUGAAGAUAAUUCUCCUUCUGGAACACAUUCGUCCUUUAGUCGAAGAUACGCUUUUCUUUCAAAUUUUUUCAGAGCUGGUGAAAUUGACAUGACCGUCAAAGUAUCUGAACAGCUGUGUAAUGGACUUCGCCCUCGAGUAGUUGUGCCAAUACGUGAGAUGAUUGAGCAUGGCAAUCCUGUUGCAGUUCCCAAUUCGUUGUCUCAGUUCCCAGUGAAUCAGUCAUAUGCAUAUGAGCCAGAAUAUGAGGAGUCUGUGUUCAGUAAUAUAUACAUCGAAGAUUUUGAAGAAGAAUUCACAAUGGUAAAUGCUUUACUGCAUCAGAACGGUGAUGCAAGGAGAAGGCAAUUAUUUGUGCGGACCUAUAACGUGGUACCUCUGCAGGAUGCUGGUGGCCUAAUUGAGUGGGUUCCGCAUUUACAAACAUACAGAAGUAUUCUGGAGCCAUUAAUGAAAGAGAAAUGUAUGAAUGUCAUGACCAACGAAGAAUGGUUUUCAAGAUGGAUUCCAAACGGGACGGAUGAGCAAAAGCUUGAACGGAUGCAAAGCGAAUACUAUCCAAGACACCCUGUCGUAAUGUCGGAAUGGUUUAUGCGCAUUUUCCCAGAACCUUGCAAAUGGUACGCCGCGCGACUCGCUUUCAUCCAUACAUCGGCCGUUAUGUCGGUAGUCGGGUUUGUCCUUGGAUUAGGUGAUAGACACGGCGAAAAUUUGCUUAUUGAUAUUAAGAGUGGCGACUCUUUUCAUGUGGACUUCAAUCUGCUGUUUAAUAAAGGAGAGUUCCUUGCAGUGCCUGAGGUGGUCCCUUUUCGACUGACUCGAAAUAUAGUUAACGGGUUUGGAGUGACUGGAGUAGAAGGAGCAUUUAGGAAAUCGUGUGAAACUGCAAUGCGGGUGCUUAGGGAGAAGGAGGAAGUACUUUACACUGUUUUGCAAACUUUUGUGCAUGAUCCUCUGCUGGAAUGGAUGCAUGCGGAAACUCGGGCUCAGCAGAUAAAACAGCGUGGCGCUCAAGGGGGUAAACUUCCCGUUGACGCUUCAGCUCAACAGCAAGCUCGAGAAGUCGUUGAAAUGAUACGAUCACGACUGAAAGGCAACAUAGUCUCACCGAAGGUGUAUAAAAACACGCUUGGCAGCUUCCCUAUGAGUGUUGAAGGACAAAUCGAUAAAUUAAUCCAACUAGCUACAGAUGAAUUGAAUUUGGCAAGAAUGUAUAUUGGCUGGUGUCCAUUCUUGUAA